GCUAAAUUUCUCUCAGUAUCAGUCCGCGAGCGAGGCAAAUGCGAAGAUGUCAGCGAUCACCAUACGCGCCAUGACAAUUGGGGAUUACGAGGAGGUCGAGGCCUUUCUCGCAGUGCAUUUCUUCAAGCAGGAGCCGCUGAUGCUGAUCCCCCAGGAGGAUCCCAAGCAGAGCGAAGUGUCUCCUGCGGAGACUGAGCUCCAUCGUGCGCUCAUACCCCAGGAUCUCUCCCUGGUGGCCGUCGACGGGCAGCGCAUUGUGGGCGUGGUUCUGGCCGGUGAACUGGUGCCCGAGGAUCUGGAGAGGGAGUACCAGGAGGCGGAGCAGAAGGAGAUCACGUGCCUGCUGGACAAGAUACACAAGUUUCUGGCCGGGAUCGAGCUGCAAGCCAACAUAUUCAAGCACUACGGAGUGGAUCGGGCGCUGUACCUCUACAUGCUCGGUGUGGACACGUCCAUUCGGCGGCAGAGAGUGGGCACCCGCCUGGUGGAGGCCACCAUUGAGCUGGGUCGCCAGCGGGGAUUCCCCGUCGUCACAUCUACCUGCAGCAACCUGAACUCCAAACGCCUUAUGACCGCCCUGAACAUGGAGUGCAUACUCACGAAGGAUUACGCGGACUACAAGGAUGAGCACGGGGAGAUCGUCCUGCGGGCAUCCGAGCCACACACCUCCGCCAGUGUCGUGGCCAUACGGCUGUAAGAGUAGGAAAGUUACCAAAGAAUAUGGAAGCACGGCUAAGUUAUAAACUCAUGGCAACAGGCAUUUGUUGAUAGUCAAUAUAGGGAGGGGGAGUUGUAAGAAACUGAACCGAUUUGGAUAGAUAAGAAAGCUCGGUUUAUUUGUAGGCCUUGUAAUCAACUUCGUAUUGUUUUCAGCUAUUAUCAUAAGUGUUUGUUGUUGACUUCUAGGGUGUUGCAAAAUAAAUAAGUACGCAUGCAAUUAACCGGGUA